CAAAUUUAAAAUAAAAUAAAAACAAGUCCUAGUUUUAUCUUCUAUAUAAACACACACGUACAAACCAAGCAUGGCGGCUCAUUACUCAUUUGUCUUAACCUAAAAUUAUUAUAAAAAGGAUAGAGAGAGAGAGAGAGAGCUAGAGAUAUGGGAAGAGGGAGAAGUUCAUCGUCUUCUUCAAUAGAGAGUAGCAGCAAGAGCAACCCAUUCGGUGCUUCGUCAAGUACUCGAAACCUAAGCACGGACCUGAGACUCGGACUCAGCUUCGGGACAUCCUCAGGGACUCAAUAUUUCAACGGUGGCUAUGGGUACUCCGUUGCAGCUCCGGCGGUAGAGGAUGCGGAAUAUGUGGCGGCUGUGGAGGAGGAAGAAGAGAAUGAGUGUAACAGUGUAGGGAGCUUUUACGUGAAAGUGAACAUGGAAGGAGUUCCAAUUGGAAGAAAGAUCGAUCUAAUGUCUCUUAAUGGCUACCGCGACUUGAUCAGAACCCUUGAUUUCAUGUUCAACGCAUCCAUUCUCUGGGCUGAAGAAGAAGACAUGUGCAAUGAGAAGAGUCACGUGCUAACGUACGCAGAUAAGGAAGGUGACUGGAUGAUGGUUGGAGAUGUUCCUUGGGAGUAAGCACUCUUUUCAUCCUUUUUUGUAUAAUUAGAUUGUUAAUUAUGCAGAAAAUUAACUAUAUGAUCAUCCUUAUAUAUAUUUUUAAUUUGUGGGUUGAUUUUUUGCAGGAUGUUCUUGUCUACUGUGAGAAGACUGAAGAUUUCAAGAGCUAAUUACCACUACUGAUAUAUAAGUCUACGUACUUGUUGUGUUUAAAUCGAAGUAAUGCCAAGAAAAAAGUUUUUGCCUGAUGUAAAUCAAUGGUCGGAUAUUUAUAAUAUUAUUUUCAUUUUUCUUUUGUGAUAGAUAGUACAUAAAUCUUGAACUCACUCUGAUUAUUCUCGGUAGUACACAAAAAAAUAGUAAAAAAAGGAAAAAACAAUUAUCC